CUGUAGAGACCACGUCUACGAUUGGUCGCUCUUAGGCAAAGAUUUAAUUUUGAAAUUUUCUCUAUAGUGUGGAAGAGACUCAGGCCCGAACUUCGUCUAAUCCCCAGGCUCUUAGACUAAAAUCAUGCCCAAGUUCAAACAGCGAAGAAGAAAGCUAAAAGCCAAAGCCAAACGGUUGUUUAAGAAGAAAGAAGCCUUGCAGGUCCCGCCUAAGUUAUUGACACCUCCCCCUCCACCACCCACCCCAGAGAGAGUGGUUACUUCUUCAACAGAUAUUCCCCAAAGCAGAAACUGGCUAAGACCAUCUUGGAACUUCAGAUUUCCUAACAUCAAAGAUGCAAUAACCCUUUGGACAAACAGAGCAUGGUGCAUAUACAGUUGCUGUCAGACCUGUGUAACCCAGAGUUUAGAAGUAAUGAAAGAUGCCAUCUUCCCAUCCCGAGUCUACCACAGAGAACUUUACAGUCUAAAACAAGAACUGUGUGUUUUGAAAAGUAAAUUGUGCAAGCUCCAAAGAAACCUAAAGAGCAUCUCAGAAAACUCAUCUUGUUCAAGCUGUUGUCACACGUGUUGCAUGAGUCAUAAACUUACAACUGUGCCUGCCUGUGCUCCAACAACCCAUGAGGAAUCCCAAACAACACUUCCUCCCACACAGCCACAGCCAGCCAGUCAUCUUCCCCCUCCACCUCCGCCUCCGCCUCCUCCUCCCCCUCUCCCUCCACCUCCACCACCCCUAGCACCUUUGCUGCUCAGAAAAUCUGGUACCACUAAAGCACUUCAGGUUGAACCAUUAAAGAAAGAAGGACCCAUGCAUAUAACAGUUAAAGAUCUACUCACUGUGAAAUUAAAAAAGACACAGAGUAUUGAUGAAAGAAAGAAGCUUGUACCAUCACCACCAGAGGAACGGACUCCACUAGUUACUGUCUCUGACCUGCAGCGUGUUACCCUGAAACCUAACUCCAGGGUGUUAGCAACUCGAGUUAAAAAUGUCUUAAUUUCUCCUGGUAAAAGCCAAAUUGAUCUCCGGAAACUGCUGAGAAAAGUCGAGGUAGAAAGGAGCCCGGGUGGGACCCCUAUUAACAACAAAGAAAACAUGGAAACAGGAACUGGACUCACUCCAGUCAUGACUCGGGCCUUAAGGAGAAAGUUUCAGCUGGCUCAUCCUCAAAGCCCGACUCAAUCUCUGCCACGUUCCACAAGCAGCUUUGAUGAACACAACUGAGAGCAACUUGGCCUGACUCCCCGGAGUGAUCCACACAAUCACAGAACAACCCUC